AUGACCGACACGCACACCCGUCCUCGUGCGACACCUGAGGGUCCGACCACUGCCGCCCAGGGGAGCGCUCACCCCACGGCACAAUCCACCGCCGACGGUACUACCCCCGCCGCAAACCAUACCACAGCCGCCGCGGAGAGUGCCGCCUCGAGCGACUCAACUUGUGGAUUCUUUCGGACCAUCGCUCCAUUACCGGCUGAAGAUGCGCACGAAGAUUUGGGGUCCGCGGUAGACAGUGGCACCAAUUUAGACGAUGCUUUGGGCAACCCUACAAUCACGGAAGCCAAUUCGGUCACCAUUCCCAACUCUUCAACUUCGACCCGGCCAGACCAUCCCCCGCCUCAGCAACAUCAUCUACCCCCCGAUUCGGGCUUCAGACGGACUGGCCCCUCGGUGGAGCACGGGCGUAUCCCCCGCUCUCACUGUGCCAUCGUUCGGCCUUUAGUCGACGCAUUUGGCGAGAUUUCGUACCACAUUCGUUCCGAAAGCGGAGACCCGUCAAAAUCUGGGGUCAAACAUCGCACCGUACGCUGCGGACUCGAAGACAUUGCUCACGCAACGCAUUUACGUCCGGACGAUAUUGCUUUGGCACUUAGAGAAUCGGGACUGUUGACCCGGAGGCGCAGCACUCAAUCAAACCCCGCAGAGCCGGCCGGGCCCGGUACCGAGCAUUCUGAAAACAAUACGCAUACAAUUGAAAACAUUUCGAGCGGCGCUCAAGAUCCAAAACGCAAAAAUGAGGCACAGAUCGUUAUUACCCACGAAAUGGUUGAGAAAGUUGCUCAGGAGCGCAAAGUCAAACCUCCUUACUUGGAUCGUGCAUACGUGUUGCUUUAA